ACAAAAACAUAAAAAAAUAUUUUUAUUUUCUUUAAUACAUAUUAUAUAAAAAGAAGAAAAUAAUAAAAUAUUUUUUUUAAUAAUUAUUAUAAAUAAAUGAGUCACAGUAAUUCUAGAAAUAAAGAAAAGGAAAAAGAUAAAGAUAAAGACGAAAAAAAGAAUUGUAAGUUAUUUAUAGGAAACCUAUCAAAAGAUGCUGACAAGCGGGAUCUAGAAAACAUUUUCAAAAAAUACGGGACUGUCAAAGAAAUAAAAAUAAAAGCAACCGGCUCAAAUCAUUACGGAUUUAUAGAAUUUUAAGAUCACAGAGAUGCAAAAGAUGCAUUAGAUGAUUGCAAUAAUAUGGAAUUUAAAGGGAAAUAAAUAAGAUUAGAAUUCGGUCAUGGAGGAAAAAGAAGAAGAGAAAAUUGCUUUAAUUGUGGAUACAGUAAUCAUGCUACAAAAGAUUGUACUAGAUCUAGAAGAGAUAGUUAUGAUAGACAUAGACAUGGAAGUUAUAGAGAUAGAAGAGAUUAUAAAUAAAGAAGUAGAUCUAAUGAUAGAAGAAGAAGGUCUUCUCGUUCUGGAUCAUAUAGAAGAAGAAGAAACUCAAAAUCACUAGAAAGAUAUAAAAGAAGACAUUCUAGAUCAGAAUCUAAGAAUUAUAGAAGAACUAGAAAUUCAAGAUCAUAUGAAAAAAUUUCUAAAUAUAGAAAUAGAAGCUAAGAUCGAAAGAGAUAUUCUAAAAGUUUAGAUAGGAAAAGUAGAAGCAAAUCUAAUGAUAGACAAGAUACAAGAAAAAUUAGAAAAAUAGCAGCGAAUUUUCUAGAAAAAGAAAAAUAGUAGUGA